GGGGUGACAGCAGCCGGGAACGUCACCCCCGCUUUGUGCCGGGCUGCUGCAUCUUUCCCCUCUGCCCAUACGUGAUUUGCUUCUGCUUUCAGAGGCCGGGAAAGCCUCAUUCACCCCGUCCCGCGGGGGGGUGCUCCCGGGAGGGCUGGGGCCGGCGGGGGACCCCCUCCUCCCGCUCCAGCCCCCCAUACCUCGGCCACCCGGGUGCGGGUCCCCCCACCCUGGCCGGGGUGUCCCCGGGCGGGGGCAUCUCCGCCCGCCGCCAUCUCCAGCGCAUCCCGCUCUCCUGUUGCUCAGAGAUGUGGAGGCAGUUGCUAAGAGACACCGACACGUCAGUAUCUGGCCCUAAGGAAAAAAGAGAGAGAAAAGAAGAGCCAGAGAAAGAGAGAGACAAGGGAGGCCGGGGAGGAGGAGGGGAGGGAGGAGGUGGGGAAAGACCCGCUCAUCGCCAGGCUCGGCAGCACCGCGGCCGCUCGCCCAGGGCGGGGGUCCCGGGCAAGCCGACCCCCCCGUCCCGCCGCAGCUGAGAACGGCCCGACGCCGCAGCCGCGGGGCUCGCCGAGCGCCGCGCCCCCGGGGGAUGUAGCGCGGCCCCGAAUGCCGCCGGGACGCCGGGAGCAUCGCAGUGACAGCUCAGAGCGCGGCCGCGCUCCCCGCCGCUGCGGCGGCCCCCGGCGUGCGCAGGCAGCGGCCCUUUCCCGCGGCGGGAUGGCCCCCGCCGCCCCGUGAGGGCCCGGAACCGCCCCGGGCGGGGGCUCCCCGCCGCCCCGCCAUGCUGCUGCGCCCCUGGCUGCUGGCGGCGGCGGCGGCGGUGGCGGCGGGCGGCGGGGCGGGCUGCCCGGUGCUGUGCUCGUGCCGCGGGCAGGCGGUGGACUGCAGCGGGCAGCGGCUCUUCUCCGUGCCCCCCGAGCUGCCGCUGGACACCGGCAACCUCAGCCUGGCGCACAACCGCAUCGCCAGCAUCCCGCCCGGCUACCUGGCCUGCUACGGGCAGCUGCGCGCCCUGGACCUGCGCAACAACUCGCUGGCGGCGCUGCCGGCCGGGCUGUUCCUGGGCGCGCCCCGCCUGGCGCACCUGGACCUGAGCUACAACAACUUCAGCCUGGUGCCCGCAGACAUGUUCCGCGAGGCGCGGGGGCUGCAGCGCCUGGACCUCAGCCACAACCCCGGGCUGCGGCGGGUGCACCCGCAGGCGUUCCGCGGGCUGGCGCAGCUGCGGGAGCUGGACCUCAGCUACGGGGGGCUGGCGGCCCUCAGCCUGGACGCGCUGGAGGGGCUGCCGGGGCUGGUGGGGCUGCGCCUGGGAGGCAACCCCUGGGUGUGCGGCUGCGCCAUGGAGCCCUUCCUCAAGUGGCUGCGGGGACGCAUCCAGCGCUGCGCCUCAGAUUCACAGCUGGCCGAGUGCCGGGCCCCCCCCGAGGUGGCGGGAGCCCCCCUGCUGUCCCUGACGGAGGAGAGCUUCCAGGCCUGCCACCUCACCCUGACGCUGGACGACUAUCUCUUCAUCGCCUUCGUCGGCUUUGUCGUCUCCAUCGCCUCAGUGGCCACCAACUUCCUGCUGGGCAUCACUGCCAACUGCUGCCACCGCUGGAGCAAGGCCAGCGAGGACGAGGACGUUUAGGUACCGCCACCGCCAACGUCCCCCCGACCCGGACACCCCAGCUGGGACACCUGACUGUGCCUUGUCCUCGUCCCCUCCCGCUGUCCCCUGUGCCGGGGUGGCCCUCAAGACACUGGCCCAGCUGUGGCAGGGGAGACUGGGGGAUGGAUUCUCUUCCUUUUGCCCCAAAACAAGGAGUGUUUGUCCCAGUGAGCACCCUCCAGGAUUGUCCCCUCCAGCACCAUGAGCUUGGACCCCCCCAUUCCCACUACCCAGGGCCGGUGGAGGCAGCAGCACAGGGUUCUGUGGGGGUCCUGUGGGGGUCCCAUGGGGGCUGCAGCUGCAGAGCAACCCCCUGCUUGCCAGAGAGACCCCCAAAAGCAGCGUGUGCCUUGGGGGACGCCAGCCACUCUCCCUGGGGAAAACCACGGAAAUCCUCGUGUUCAGCCCAAAAGCAGCACCAGUGGAGGCCCUCGAAUCCUGCCCCCACUCUUCAGCCUCCCCAAAAAGCUGGGGGGCCAAGCCCAGGACCCGGUGCUGACACGCAGCUCGGCACCGCCGCCCCCAUGAGAGGGACCCGGGGACACCUGCGCCUUGCUGGUGACACCGGGACAGCACCGGGGCCACCGUGCCUGGUGAUGGCCAAGCUGCCGGCACCGCCUGGACACGUCUCAGUCCCCACCUUCCCUCCCAAAGCCUCGCGCAGGUUUGGGACCAAACCGGGUCUGCGCGGCUGCGGGACAUCCCUGCUUGCUGCUGUGGGCAGGCUGGGAGGCGAAAAGAGCACCAAAAAAAGAGAAAAAAGAAAACAAAAAGCACGAAGGACCCGUCUGUGCGGCCGCGUCCUCGUGGUGUCCGUGGCGGCGUCGGGGCCGGCUGUGCGGGCCGUGGCCGCGGCAGCGGUGCAGGGCUGGGCGCUCGGUGCCUGCCGGGAGUGGGGUGUGGGUGUGGGUGCAGGUUACAACCACAGAAAACGGUCAGCUCUUCCCCGCGCCCACAGGAGGGCAGCGGCCCCCGCGCUGCGGCGGGAACAGGCACGUGGGCUCUUCUUUCUUUAGUUUCCUUUAUUUUUUCCUUUUUGGUAAGUCUGGACACCCCUCUGCACACAGAGGACGCGCUGUGUCCCCGCACCGCAGCUCCUGGUUCUGGGCACCGCGGGAAGAGCCGACUUGCCUCCCACCAGACCCGCUGUCUGUGUUUCCGAGGCAGGACGGGCCUGGCGCUGCGCUGCCCGCGGGGACAGGGACCCCUGGGUGUGACCCUGGCGCUGCGCUGCCCAUGGGGACAGGGACCCCUGGGUGUGACCCUGGCGCUGCGCUGCCCGCGGGGACAGGGACCCCUGGGUGUGACCCUGGCGCUGCGCUGCCCGCGGGGACAGGGACCCCUGGGUGUGACCCUGGCGCUGCGCUGCCCAUGGGGACAGGGACCCCUGGGUGUGACCCUGGCGCUGUGCUGCCCGCGGGGACAGGGACCCCUGGGUGUGACCCUGGCGCUGCGCUGCCCGCGGGGACAGGGACCCCUGGGUGUGACCCUGGCGCUGUGCUGCCCGCGGGGACAGGGACCCCUGGGUGUGACCCUGGCGCUGUGCUGCCCAUGGGGACAGGGACCCCUGGGUGUGACCCUGGCGCUGCCCGCGGGGACAGGGACCCCUGGGUGUGACCCUGGCGCUGUGCUGCCCGCGGGGACAGGGACCCCUGGGUGCUGAUUCUGCCAGCGGCCCUGGCACAGGGGGACAUGGGGUGCAGGACACAGGGUGCCGGCCCCCCAGGGGUGUCCCUGCAGCACGGCUGCCUGCACCCUGCUGUGCCCUGGCUGUGCCGGCCCUCUGCCUCACCCGCAGCCUUUGGCUUCUUUUUCUUUUUCACUUUUUCCUUGUUUCUUUUAUUGUUUUUCUAACUCUUUAUCCCACUUCCUUUCCUUUCCUUUCCUUUCCUUUCCUUUCCUUUCCUUUCCUUUCCUUUCCUUUCCUUUCCUUUCCUUUCCUUUCCUUUCCUUUCCUUUCCUUUCCUUUCCUUUCCUUUCCUUUCCUUUCCUUUCCUUUCCUUUCCUUUCCUUUCCUUUCCUUUCCUUUCCUCUCCUCUCCUCUCCUCUCCUCUCCUCUCCUC